AUGGCCCACCAAGACAAGUCAGGGGGUUGUCGGAAUUGUCGAGAGUGUUCCCCCGACAAUGGCUGCACGCGCUGCAGAGAGCGCCUCUUCCUCUUCUUGCAGCGGGACGGCAUGUCUCACCAUGGAACGUGUCUCCAUGCCUGUCCUGCCGGAUACUUUGGCCAGAGGGGGCGGGACAUCAACCGCUGCUUGAAAUGUCGCUCGGUGGACUGCAAGCUAUGCUUCAGCAGGGACUUCUGCAUCAAGUGUAAGCCGGGCUUCCAGCUCCACAAAGGCCGAUGUCUGAGCCACUGUCCUGAAGGAACCUUUGCACAAAACACUGACUGUCUGGGAGAGGAACACCACACUCAUAUUGAACCCUGGCCGACAAUAGAUGACUGCAUCCUGGAUCCGCUGGCCGAGUGGAGUGUGUGGAGCGCCUGCCUCCAAAACGGCGUCCGCUGUGGCUUCAUGUGGGGCCGACAGAUGAGAACGUGGGGCGGCACGAAGCCCGGACCCUCACUCUGCCCACCGCACAGCGAGACACGGCGAUGCAGGAUGAAGAGGAGAUGUCCUGCAGAGAGAAGACAGAGAAAGGGGACAGACUUUGGCAGAAAGCGGGCUAGAAAACGAGUGUGGAUGCUCGCCCAAAGCAGCGCUAGCAACGUGUUGGACACCACAAAUGCCUGACAGCGACCCCGACAUGCGUUAGCUGAGCAUGGCUACCAGGCUAAGCACACUGAACCUUAGCACAACUUGACCUGUAAAAAACGUCUACAGAUAUCUGUACACGUGUAUGCGGUAUCUUUGAGGUACGCGUGUUCUCCAGUAAGUAAUUACUACAGUAUUCCAAACUUCACAAAGUCGCUACCAAGGAUUUUCCAGUCAAAACAGGAUUGCUAAUUAGCCGAUAAUGAAUGGAACAGAGUGUAGUACACUGUGGAGGAGCAAGUCCGUCAUGAUGGAAGGUAAACGAGGUGAGCGGGGCUAAGCUAACAAUAGAGUACAAUGUAUUCACUAGCUCUGAGCUGAGUAGAAAAUAGAAGUUAUACGCUGUGCGUACACUUUGAUAACAUGGAUGAAUGUCAUUUACCAAACACGUGUAUAUAUAAAUUUAUAUAAAUAUGUACAAAUCCAU